GAGGGUUUGGGAGCGUCUGCUGUUCUUAGGGCUGUAGCCCAAUGCCUAAAAUCCACAAGAACUGAUUCUGACACGAGAAAGCAUUUUGAUAAAAUUAUCCAUGUGGACUGGCAAUUGCAGAGGAGUUAAACCUUCACCACUUAAUGCACGUGUUUGAUGAGCAAGAUGAAGAAGAUGACUUUAGAGGGGUAGAUGAGAGCUCUAGAACAGAGAUAGUAAGCAUCGGAAGUGUUAUAAAUCACUCCCUCAGAAAUGAAAGAUUCCUGAUGAUUUUUCAUUACGGAGGAGAUGAAGAUAUUGAUCUCACCGAGUCUGGCAUUCCUGUUGUUUAUUGUGAAGGUAAAUUGUUAUGGACCAAUCAUGGAAGAUUUCAGUUCCCACAGAAAGAACUGAGGGUGAUGUCCAGUUCAGCUAAUAUACGUAUGUAUUUUGAGGAAGGAGAAUAUAUGUGGGAAUCACAAGUGCGUGCUUUAUUUUACAAAGAAGCUGCUGAAGUGGUUGGUUACACCGGCAUGGAUGAAAUUGACCCAUCAGUAGUUGUGGAUUGCUUUUUGUACUCACUGUUCCUGACAGAAGAACUAGGUGGAAAGUCUAGCAAUGUUGACUAUGGUUGGGCUACUCAUGCUUGCAACUACUGGAUAUGUGAUGGAAUACUUGACGGGAACAGAGCUUGGGAGGUUGGCAAUGCCUUGUAUGGAGUGAUACCAACGUUGGACUAUUUUUCAGCGGAAGCAAAAUAUUUGGCAAGUUUGUUGGACCGAAACAUAAAACCCUACCAAGGCUGGAAUUCAAUCACCUCGAACAAGCAAGCAGCACAGAAUAUCUCUGCGGUUCGUGUUAAUGCAUCAUCUUAUUUCCUAACAUUUGAGGGUGAUGGUCAGCCAGAAGAACUACCAAAUGAUAUGUUUCAACUAGCCAGCAACCUCCGUGUGCUAAAACUCUGCAAGUGUAGCUUUGAUUUUUCAUCCCCGCCUUUCCGCUGCUGCCAAAAGCUAAGAUUCUUAUGGCUUGACAAUUGCACAAGCACAGGGAAGGAGGAGGGAGAAGGGGCAUGUUUCCCUGAUUUGCUGGUGCUUGAAAUACGUAACACAAAUUAUGUCUUGUUGCCACAUAUGAUUGAACUGAUGACCAAUCUCAGGGAGCUAAAUACAAAGGGAGUCUCAUGGAGGACUCUACGUCAUCACUUCUGGAAAAAGCUACAGAAUCUUCAGAAGCUCCGGUUUACUGAAUCUUCAGAUGUGAUCCCACUGGACAAUUGCUCUGCGGUAGACAUGAUGAAUCUGGAGCUCCUUGACUUUUCUGGCAACACUCACAUGGAAUCAUUGCCUGAAAUUUCAUCAGCAGGAAGCUUGAAGGUGCUUAUUCUUGAUGGUUGUUCCAGCUUGAAGCAUGUUGCGUUCAAAAGAGCUCCUCCACUAAUUGAGAGCUUUAGCUUCGAUGGUUAUGGCCCAGCAGAUAAUUGGACUCAUCCCAUACAACUGCCAAGAAAAGAAUUGCGCCCAAAGUCUCGUGUCGAUCGAAUUGAAGAAGCCAAUGUGACAAAGAUCUCCCUAGAGGGUUGUGCUCGACUGCAUAGCAUAUUCUUGCGUGCAUUGUUCAAUCUCAAGGAGUUGGACCUGUCAGGUACGGACAUCAAAACAAUUGAUCUUGGUGCAAUGGAUGUCCCACAACUCAAGAAGCUAUUCCUGCUAGGUUGUAUGCUAUUAUGGGAUGGACGAAACCCGAGAUUGGAUGUGUUGUAUUUAUAUUAGACACUAAUCGGGGGAUGACGGGAUCAGGGGUCUGCUGUGGAGAACAGAACUCCGUUGACCUUGAGGCAUG